CUCUUUCAUAUUUAAUAGUUAAAUGUCAAUUUUUAUUCUGUUAAUUAUGUGGUUUUUUUUUCUUGAAUGGCAAAAUUACUAGUGGGUGAAACGCUAUCCUUGUGUGCGCAAGAAUCUGUGAAGUACUUCCGUAACGCGGUUUCCGCUCUCUCUGGUCCUUUUCCGCCGCCAUAAGGUUCAUCAUGUCGUCCCACUUGCAGUGGAUGAUCAUCAGGAACUGCUCCAGCUUUCUCAUCAAGAGGAACGGACAGACCUACAGCACUGAGCCAAACAAUCUGAAGUCCAGAAACUCUUUCCGCUUCAAUGGCCUGGUGCACAAAAAGACUGUUGGUGUGCAGCCAGCUGCUGAUGGCAAAGGUGUUGUUGUGGUGCUGAAGAAGCGUGCAGGCCAGCACAAACCUGCCUCAUCUUAUGUAAAAGUCACCAUCAACAAGAACUCCCGUGCCACUCUGAACAGCCUGAGGCACAUCAUCCGUAAGAACAAUUACAGGAGGGACCUGCGCAUGGCUGCCUUGCGUCGAGCCAGUGCCAUUCUGAAGAGCCAGAAGCCCGUUGUCGUCAAAAAGAAGCGCACUAGAGCUGUCAAGACAGCAUAAAGUGAUAGCUGAUGGAAACUGAAUAAAAGCUUUUUGCCUGGAUAA